AUGAGUCGACCUUUCUGCCUCUCCCUGCAGCCGCUGAGCACCGCUGGCGUCCUGAGCUCGGCCUCCACCGCUUCCAACAGGUCGAGGAAUAGGACGCGCUAUCGGACCAAAGCCGUGAGCUCCGAGGUGGAUGAGAGCCUCUUUGGAGGGGUCAAGCCUCAGGCCCAGAGCGACAGCCCCGUCGUGCUCCUCCGAGAUAAGCAAGCCAUUAGGAAGACGCUCACGGCCCUGGGCUUGGAGAACAAGCCGGAGACCAUCCAGCUCAUCACCCGGGACAUGGUCCGGGAACUCAUCGUUCCCGCCAAGGAUCCCUCCGGGGAGUCCCUCAUCAUGAGCCCUGAGGAAUUUGAGCGCAUCAAGUCGGCAUCUCGCGUCCUGACCAGAGAAGAGCUCGAGGCCAGGGAGCAGGCCUUCAAGAAGGAGAAGGAGGCCAUCGUGGAUGCAGUGACCAAGCGCAAGAAGGUCAUGAAGCAGAAGGAGAUGGCGCGGAGAAACAGUGAGAAGCUCAGUGACCUGGAGGAGGCGGCCCAGGAGAGGGCCCAGAGCCUGCUGCAGAGAGCCAACGCGCUGCGCAUGGAGCAGGAGGAGGAGCUCAAGGACAUGAGCAAGAUCAUCCUUAAUGCCAAGUGCCACGCCAUCCGGGAUGCCCAGAUCCUGGAGAAGCAGCUGAUUCAAAGAGAGCUGGACGCAGAGGAAAGGCGACUGGACCAGAUGAUGGAGGUGGAAAGGCAGAAGUCCAUUCAAAGGCAGGAGGAGCUGGACCGGAAGAGGAGGGAGGAGAGAAUCCGAGGAAGACGGCACAUCGUGGAGCAGAUGGAAAAGAACCAGGAGGAGCGGUCGCUGCUCAUGGAGCAGCGGGAGCAGGAGAAGGAGCAGAUGCUGGGAUACAUGGAACAGCUCCAGGAGGAGGAUCUGCGGGACAUGGAACGGAGGCACCAGGAAAAACUAAAGAUGCAAGCUGAGAUUAAGCGCAUUAAUGAUGAAAACCAGAAACAGAAGGCAGAGCUACUGGCUCAGGAGAAGCUGGCGGACCAGAUGGUGAUGGAGUUCACCAAGAAGAAGAUGGCUCGAGAAGCAGAGUUUGAGGCUGAGCAGGAGAGAAUACGGAGGGAGAAAGAGAAGGAGAUCACUCGUCUGAGGGCCAUGCAGGAGAAGGUCCAGGAUUACCAGGCAGAGCAGGACGCCCUGCGGGCCAAGCGCAACCAGGAGGUUGCAGACAGGGAGUGGCGCAGAAAGGAAAAGGAAAAUGCACAGAAGAAGAUGGAGACAGAGGCCAAACUCCGCAGCAGCCGGCUGGAGCAGGUGGCUUUCAAGGAGCACAGUCUGGCCGUUCAGGUGCAACGGGACCGGGAUGAGUUUGAGAGGAUUCUUCGGGCUCAGAGAGAGCAGAUCGAGAAGGAGCGGCUCGAGGAGGAGAAAAAGGCCACGGGGCGCUUGUGGCACGCCAACGAGCUCAGGCGCCAGGUGCGCGAGAACCAGCAGAAGCAGGUGCAGGACCGCAUUGCCACCUUCGAGGAGGGCCGGCGCCUCAAAGAGGAGGCCCAGAAGCGGCGUGAGCGCAUCGAUGGCAUCAAGAAGAAGAAGAUGGAGGAGCUGAGAGCCACCGGUCUCCCCGAAAAGUAUUGCAUCGAAGCGGAGCGCAAAGCAAACAUCCUGCCGGCCGCCUCUGUGAACUAGGGGAGCCUCAGUAUCCCCGGGACGCCCGCGGGGACAGGCUCUGCCCCGCCUCUGGGCGUCCAUAACUGCCACUAUCCUAGACAUUUUAUACUUACAGAUUAAAUUGAUUCUACUUGAUUAA